UCACCUGACUUUUCCUUUUUUCUUCUUCUGUUUCCUUGUUAGCCAGCGUCAGUGCUAGCCAACUAAACAACCGUCCCACUUUCUUUACCUCUUCUAUUUAUUCCUGUUGUCUCUUUCUUCUCUUUCUUCUCCUUCUCAGCGGGUUAAAAUAACUCCUCGUCCAUCUCCAACGUCAUGGACGAGACGAGUCCGCUCGUCUCUCCGCUCCGGGACUCCGGUGAUUUCAGUUACUGUCCCACAGAGCCCGCCAGCCCCCGGGGCUCGUUUGGGAGCACACCGGGCUCGGUGGUGCGCAUCCCGGCGGGCAGUCCGGGACGCAGCCGGGAGCGACAGCCGCUUCUGGACCGUGGGAGUUCUCCACGGGAGCCGCACAGGAACGAGUUCCCGGAGGAUCCCGAGUUCAGAGACAUCAUCCGAAAGGCCGAGCGAGCCAUAGAGGAGGGGAUCUACCCGGAGAGGAUCUACCAAGGAUCCAGUGGAAGCUACUUUGUCAAAGACUCGCAGGGGAAAAUCAUUGGAGUGUUCAAACCUAAGAACGAGGAGCCCUACGGCCAGCUGAACCCCAAGUGGACCAAGUGGCUCCAGAAACUGUGUUGUCCCUGCUGUUUCGGCCGCGACUGCUUGGUCCUGAACCAGGGUUACCUCUCGGAGGCCGGGGCCAGCCUGGUCGACCAGAAACUGGAGCUCAACAUCGUUCCCAGAACCAAAGUGGUGUACCUGGCUAGCGAAACAUUCAACUACAGUGCCAUAGACAGGGUGAAGUCUCGAGGAAAGAGGCUAGCCCUGGAGAAGGUGCCUAAAGUGGGCCAGCGUUUCCACAGGAUCGGACUGCCACCCAAGGUUGGCUCCUUCCAGCUCUUUGUCGACGGAUACAAGGACGCAGAUUUCUGGCUGCGGAGGUUUGAAGCGGAGCCUCUGCCCGAAAACACCAACCGUCAGCUCCAGCUGCAGUUUGAGCGGCUCGUAGUCCUCGAUUACAUCAUCAGGAACACAGACCGAGGGAACGACAACUGGUUGCUGAAGCAUGACUGUCCUAUGGAUCCUGGGAAUAGGGACACAGACUGGGUGGUAGUAAAGGAUCCCAUCAUCAAGCUGGCAGCUAUAGACAACGGCCUCGCCUUCCCCCUCAAACACCCCGACUCCUGGAGAGCCUACCCGUUCUACUGGGCGUGGCUUUCCCAGGCCAAAGUUCCUUUCUCCCUGGAAAUCAGAGAGCUGGUCCUGCCCAAGCUCUCUGACCCGAAUUUCAUCAAAGACCUGGAGGAGGAUUUGUACGAAUUAUUCAAGAAAGACCCUGGUUUUGACAGAGGACAGUUUCACAAACAAGUAGCCGUCAUGAGGGGUCAGAUCCUGAACCUGUGCCAAGCCCUGAAGGACGGUAAAACACCCCUGCAGUUGGUCCAGAUGCCCCCGGUAAUCGUCGAAACAGCCAGAGCACCUCAGAGAGCCAACAGUGAGUCCUACACACAGAGUUUCCAGAGCAGAAGACCCUUCUUUACCUGGUGGUAGGAGCAAUGCAGUGAAGAGGAAGAGGAGGAACAGCAGGAAGAAGGAGCGAGGAGUGUCGAUGUGCGGAUGGAAGACGGGGCAGAAUCUGAGCGUUUUUUGUCCUGGAAAUGGAAGUAAUUAUCACCCUCCCGUCCUCUCCUCGUGAAUAUUUUGGUUACAGAGAGUGAGCGGGUGGAGAGAUGAAGCCAAAAGAGGAAGAAUUUUGCAGCAUAUUUUUCCUGUUUACUUCUGUGCCUUGCAUGGGUGUCAAUGAAGAGUUAACGCCUACAUGAUGAGGACUCUGUACCUUCCUGCGAGAGAGCAUUUCAGUGAGGUGUCAAGACUUUUCUUUUGGACUCCUUGGUGCACAUGCACACCAGUCAAAAGCCCCUCGUGCUCUGUUUUUGAAUUGGUGUUGCAUUCCAUGUUUAAUUUGUCUUCAUACCUCUCUGCCUUUUAACCUUCCCCUGCAUAUUUCCUCCCACGCAGUUAAACCCUGGGCUGGUGAACGCAGUGGUGCCACUGGGGAAAAUCAGCUUUUUUUUAUUUUAUUUUUAACAAAUAAGAGAAGUGUUCAUUGUGAUUAAGUCUUGACGAUUUAGGAACUGGGCUCUCAGUGGUGUGGUGUGUGUGUCUUCACACAGUGAACACAAGCCACCUGAGCUGGUUUCACAGUCACUCAUUGCGCCACAUAACUGUUUAGAAUAGGAUCUGAAGAGAUGUUGGACAGCAGGCACUUUUGGUGAAAGACACACAAUGUUUGUUAAGCUGAGAUAAAUAUCACUGGCUUGCCUAAUUUGUCCUUCUUCCACUGAUGAGUUAAAUCAUUGGUGAAGAAGACAAAAUGAUCCCACGUGCAAGCAGUCAGGGGGAGGG